AGCCGCAGGCCGGUGCGGGAUGCGCCCCGCAGCCGCGCCGCGUGCGCCCGGCAGAGGCGGCCCUGCGUGCCGUACGCUGCGUCCGGGGCGCGCCCGCCGCUAUUCGGGAAGCUAUUCAGCUUCCCGGGCUCAUUAGCAGUCGCGGUGUGCGGCUCGGCGCGGGCUCACAAAGAGCUCGGCCUCGCGGACUGAGCCGGCGGCGGGGCGGGGACGGCGGCGUACCGGGGCAGCCCAGCGCCCUGGCCAGUCUCCUGAAUAUUUACGCAUUGCCGAAUCUCCUGUGGACAAACCACCAACAGGCCAGGACUGUCCCGUGGACAGACGGGGUGAGCCUCUUCCAGUGUCUGGAGAUUCCGAAAAGAUUUGAUCACCAGGCAGGAGAUUUUUCGGGACAUUACCAAACCACUCAUUUUCGUGGCUGCCUCUGGGUGAUGAUGGCCGCAUGAGCACCUGCCAUGGCCCACCGGAAGCGUGAGAGCGCGGGGAGCGGCAUGUUGGACCAUAGGGUGAGACCGGGUCCUGUCCCCCACAGCCAGGAGCCCGAGAGCGAGGACAUGGAGCUGCCCUUGGAGGGCUAUGUGCCCGAGGGCCUGGAGCUGGCUGCUCUGCGGCCAGAGAGCCCCACGCCCGAGGAACAGGAGUGCCACAACCAUAGCCCCGAUGGGGACUCCAGUUCCGACUAUGUGAACAACACCUCCGAGGAGGAGGACUAUGACGAGGGCCUCCCUGAGGAGGAGGAGGGCAUCACCUACUACAUCCGCUACUGUCCUGAGGACGACAGCUACCUGGAGGGCAUGGACUGCAAUGGGGAGGAGUACCUGGCUCACGGCGCACACCCCGUGGACACGGACGAGUGCCAGGAGGCGGUGGAGGAGUGGACGGACUCCGCGGGCCCACACCCCCACGGCCACGAGGCUGAAGGCAGCCAGGACUACCCGGAUGGCCAACUGCCCAUCCCGGAGGAUGAGCCCUCUGUCCUUGAGGCCCACGACCAGGAAGAAGACGGUCACUACUGUCCCAGCAAAGAGGGCUACCAGGACUACUACCCCGAGGAGGCCAACGGGAACACGGGCGCCUCCCCCUACCACCUGAGGCGCGGGGAUGGGGACUUGGAGGACCAGGAGGAGGACAUCGACCAGAUCGUGUCUGAAAUCAAGAUGAGCCUGAGCAUGACCAGCAUCACCAGUGCCUGUGAGGCCAGCCCCGAGCAUGGACCUGAGCCGGGGCCUGGGGACUCUGCAGAGGCCUGCCCGCACAGCAAGGCCACCUGCAGCCCCAGCACCUACGAGGCGAGGCCCAAGUCGCUGAACCUCCCUCCUGAGGCCAAGCACCCCGGAGACCCCCAGAGAGGCUUCAAGCCCAAGACUAGGACCCCAGAAGAGAGGCCGAAGUGGCUCCCGGAGCAGGUUUGCAAUGGUCUGGAGCAGCCAAGGAAGCAGCAGCGCUCUGAUCUCAAUGGACCUGUUGACAAUAACAACAUUCCAGAGACAAAGAAGGUGGCAUCAUUUCCAAGUUUUGUGGCUGUUCCAGGGCCCUGUGAACCAGAAGACCUCAUCGAUGGGAUCAUCUUUGCUGCCAAUUACCUGGGGUCCACCCAGCUGCUGUCAGAACGGAACCCUUCCAAAAACAUCAGAAUGAUGCAAGCGCAGGAGGCCGUCAGCCGGGUCAAGAAUUCUGAGGGGGACGCCCAGACGCUGACGGAAGUGGACCUGUUCAUUUCCACGCAGAGGAUCAAGGUUUUAAAUGCAGACACACAGGAAACCAUGAUGGACCAUGCCUUGCGUACCAUCUCCUACAUCGCCGACAUCGGGAACAUCGUGGUGCUGAUGGCCAGACGCCGCAUGCCCCGGUCAGCCUCUCAGGACUGCAUCGAGACCACACCCGGGGCCCAGGAAGGCAAGAAGCAGUAUAAGAUGAUCUGCCAUGUGUUCGAAUCAGAGGAUGCGCAGCUCAUCGCCCAGUCCAUCGGCCAGGCCUUCAGCGUGGCCUACCAGGAGUUCCUGCGAGCCAAUGGCAUCAACCCCGAAGACCUGAGCCAGAAGGAGUACAGCGAUAUCAUCAACACCCAGGAGAUGUACAACGACGACCUCAUCCACUUCUCCAACUCGGAGAACUGCAAGGAGAGGCCCCAGUUCCUGCCGCCAGCCCCUCUCACACUGCUGAUCACUUUGCAGCUGCAGCUGGAGAAGCACAAGGGCGAGAUCCUGGGCGUGGUGGUGGUGGAGUCAGGCUGGGGCUCCAUCCUGCCCACGGUGAUCCUGGCCAACAUGAUGAAUGGCGGCCCGGCUGCCCGCUCGGGGAAGCUGAGCAUCGGGGACCAGAUCAUGUCCAUCAAUGGCACCAGCCUGGUGGGGCUGCCACUUGCCACCUGCCAAGGCAUCAUCAAGGGCCUGAAGAACCAGACACAGGUGAAGCUCAACAUCGUCAGCUGUCCCCCGGUCACCACGGUCCUCAUCAAGCGGCCAGACCUCAAGUACCAGCUGGGCUUCAGCGUGCAGAAUGGCAUUAUUUGCAGCCUCAUGAGAGGGGGCAUUGCCGAGCGAGGGGGCGUCCGCGUUGGCCAUCGCAUCAUCGAGAUCAACGGGCAGAGCGUGGUGGCCACAGCCCACGAGAAGAUAGUCCAAGCUCUGUCCAACUCGGUCGGAGAGAUCCACAUGAAGACCAUGCCCGCCGCCAUGUUCAGGCUUCUCACGGGCCAGGAGACCCCGCUGUACAUCUAGGCCCCUCCAGCCUGGCCACGCAGCCUGGACACCGGGCAGGACCACCCGGGCCCGGAGGAGCUGGGAGCCGGGCCGCAGAUUUGACCCCGACGCCACAGCCCAGCCACGGACACUGGCUCCCCAAAGGGCGUGCCCUCACCGCCCACUUGGUAUCUUUUGUUUUCAUUUUGCCAAAAAGGGGUAUGUCUUGAUCAAAGGAGAGUCACAGAACAAAUGUUGUAAAGCGUUCGAGUAUUUUGCCAUGUUCUGGCCUGUCUUCUCCCUGCGCCAGCCAGGGUGUGUCUCGGUAGCU